AGGGCCAACACUACGUUGCCUGGGUUCAGAGGUCAAUCGUUACCAACAAAAUAUGGUCUUCGGCUGGCUGCUCGACUCUUGAAGGAAAGUAAACAAAUAUUUUUAGCGAAAUAACGUCAGUAGACUGCUAUUUCGUUAAAUUACGACCAGACUGUCUGAAAAUGGUCUGAAAAUUAAAAGUGCAGGCGUUUGCACUGUUGUCGCUGGUUUUCGAAGACGCCAGUUAGCGCGCUAACGUUAGCAAGCUAGCCGUAACAGCAAGCCAACAUCACUGGACUGGUAGCUAUCAAGCUACACACCAAGGCUACAGCUAUGUUUGUGCAAGAAGAGAAGAUAUUCGCUGGGAAAAUAUUAAAAAUCCAUAUUUGUACAAUGGAGGGUACGGAGUGGUUGGAAGAAGUUACAGAGGAUACCACUAUUGAAAAACUUAAAGAGAAGUGCUUGAAACAUUAUGUACAUGGAAGUCUUGAAGACCCCAAAACACUCACACACCACAAACUUGUCCAUGCUGCCACAGAAAGGAUCCUCAUGGAAACAAAAACAGUUUCAGAUGAAAAUUUAAAAGAUAAAGAUGUUCUUCUACUGAUAAAGAAGAGACCACCGCCACCCCCUCCGAAAAUGGCGGAUAUAUCUGCAGAGGAAAAGAAGAAGCAAGAUAACAAGGCUCCAGAUAAGGAAGCUAUCCUGAAGGCCACCGCUGGCCUGUCCACCCGCCACACUGACCGCACUGUCACCCAGCACAACAUCAGAGACGAAAUCCCAUUGAGGUCAGAAGACCUCAUUCCCACGGGAGACCUGUUUCAGACGGAACUUAGGAAAAUCCUCGUCUCUCUCAUUGAAGUGGCCCAGAAGCUUCUCGCAUUGAAUCCUGAUGCUGUGGAGCUCUUCAAAAAGGCCAAUGCCAUGCUGGAUGAGGAUGAUGAGGACCGGGUGGAUGAGACGGCCCUUCAGCAGCUGACUGAGAUGGGUUUCCCUGAGAGCAGAGCCAUCAAAGCUCUCAGACUCAAUCACAUGUCGGUGACCCAGGCCAUGGAGUGGCUGAUUGAGCACGUAGAUGACCCCACGGUGGACACCCCCCUGCCUGGCCAGGACACCCCAGGAGCAGUAGGGGCCACAGCUCCCCCCCUGGUCCAUUCUAUCUCGGCCUCCGCCUUCCGUCCCAGCCUCCUCCGCACCCUCUCCCAGACCAGCACAGAUGACGCUGUCACCGGAGCCAGGCAGGAUGAGCUCACUGAGAUCUUCAAGAGAAUCCGAAGGAAAAGAGAGUUCAGGCCCGACUCACGGGCAGUCAUUGCUUUAAUGGAGAUGGGUUUCGAUGAGAAGGAGGUGGUCGAUGCUCUGAGAGUCAACAACAACCAACAGGACGCUGCAUGUGAGUGGCUGCUGGGGGACAGGAAGCCGUCUCCAGAGGACCUGGAUAAGGGCAUCGACACCAACAGUCCUCUGUUCCAGGCCAUCCUGGAGAACCCUGUGGUCCAGCUGGGCCUCACCAACCCCAAAACACUGCUGGCGUUUGAGGACAUGUUGGAGAACCCUCUGAACAGCACCCAGUGGAUGAACGACCCUGAGACUGGGCCUGUCAUGCUGCAGAUCUCCAGAAUCUUCCAGACACUCAACCGCACGUAGACACUGCACAAACGGUGUGUGUGCGUUUUGUGUGUAGGCGUGUGCAUUUGUAUGUAGGCGUAUGCAUUUGUAUGUAGGUGCGCGUGUGUGUGUGUGCACGGCUGUGACGAGUAUUGUUUUUGCCUUGAAAAGUCAAAGCCGAAGAAGAUGUGUAAAUGUAAGAGUUCAGAAGAUCGAGAUGUGACAGAUAUAUCUAUUUAUACCACAGAAAAUAGAACAAUGUUAACAUGAUUAUAAGAAUUGUUGUUUUUUACAUUUUAAUAAGAACAAUUUAUAGUUAAGACCUACAUGAUUUAUUUCAAAUUUAUCCAUGUACAAAAAAAAAUGACCAUCAGGCAUCAAAACAAUGUUUACACUUUAAAAUCAGCUUUUGUAUGUUUUGCGAUAUUUAAAUAUCAAUUACAGUUUCAUUUGUUUCCUUAAAUUGCUACAUUUCAUCAAAGGCGAAUGACUUCAGGGCAAGCAGUCAAGUCCGUAUCAUUUGGUUGAAGACAGGGCUGCCUGUGAACAUGCACCCUAACUGUUGUGUGUCGAGGGAACCAGGAUUCAGUACUAGCCAGGGGUGUGUUCAAACGGUUGAAAGGUUCAGAAUGUUGCAGAGUUUCCCGUGUGGCACCAUCUGCAACAUUCCCACAGGGUAACAGUAUGGAAAUGUAUGCCCUCACUACUGUAAGUCCCUCUGGAUAAGAGAUUCUAAUAAAUGACUUAAAUUUAGAUAGAAAUGUAACAUAUAGAACUGACAUGGAUUCUCUCUGACAAAGAAGAAUGUAUGUUCUAAAUGAUGUAUUUUUAUCUGAACGUUUUGUUACUGUUCAUCUUUCUGAAUGAUUAAGCCCCAGGUGAUGUUAGAAGGCAACGGUUGUGCUUAUCACCGUCAGUAGAGUUUAUAGGUACAGUGGUGUAUUAAGUAGGAAGCAAAUGGAUUAAAACGGGGAAGGGCCUAUCUGAAUUUGUCCAAUAGAAAUUCUUGUUUUCAUUGUAAAAUGUUUUACUACACUGGCACUAAUGAAUGCACCCCAGGUAGAUGUGGGUGGUCAGACACUUCACCUUUCACUCUGUUCAACCUUGGGAACCUGCUGUGAGUCACUACUCAAAGACGUGGAAAAGUAAAGGAGGACAUUUUCUUUGUGCUUCUCCCAAAUAUUUAUUUAACUGCUACUUUUUUGUUGCCUAUUUUAGAAAAGUAUUAUAAGCUGUCUUUUUAGUGUCUGUGAAGUCAAGUCUGUGUAAUAAUGGUCUUUGGUCCUGCUUUAUCUCGAGACCUAUGUAUAAAUUCUCAAUGUGCUCUCAUUCUGCGCCUGUUCUCAAUACUCUUACCACAGCUCACUUCAGCAGGCAAAAUAUUACUCUUGGAACUCCUGAGAAAUACAUUUUCUGCCAAUGGGUGGUGUGGUUGGCCUGAGUGCCAGUCUGUUUGUGCUAUCAUGCCAACUCAUUGUCUCUGAUUGUGUCAAACCAUAUUUGGCUUGACAAUGAGUAAUGGAGCUGACAAGAGCAACAACAGAUCUGGGACCAGAAUACAGUAUGAUAGGUUUCAGGGGAAAUUGAGGCUUGAUCCACGAACAUCACAUAAAUGAUUCAAAGGUUAUCGUUUGAGUGAUGCGAAGGUGUAUAUCAUUCCUUCCUGCAAUGAAGCAAACUAGGUAUCAAUAUGUAAGCCAAUGCAUUGAAGAAUUUUACAUGCAGUGGUAUACUGAGCUAAGUGAAACUGCUAGUCUAGUGGUGGGCCGUUGUACUUUUGAGAGCAAAGUAGAUGUGAGCUGUUUAACCAAAACUUGAACUUAUUAUUGACUGUGAGAUGACUUGCCUUGUCACCAGACAGACCAGUUCAAACUAUAAUAAUACAGUAUCUUGUUGUGCAAUAGCUAGAAUCUAUAGAUGGACUUGAGUUUUGUAGACCUGUUAGAAUACAUAUUUGAUUGGAGUGUUAGGAAUGUGUGAAAUGCAAUGGGUUAGUGGGGCUGUAUGUUUAUUCUAUAUCCUUUGACGGUCAUUUAUAAUAACAGUAAGUGACUUCCCAGAAACACUAGUACUGCUUUUGUUACAUAUGAUUCGAUAUGACUAAUUUAUGGGGCUCUAGUGUGCUUCCCAAAUGCACCACGUUCCCUAAAUAGUGCACUAGUAUUGACCAGAGCCCUAUGGGUCCUAGUUAAAAGUAGUGCACUAUUGGGGAUUACAGUGCCAUUUGGGACAAAGCCUUUGUUUUCAUUGUGAAUUUAAUGUAAAAGAAGAACAUGAAGGAUGCAUGGUGUGUUUUGCCAAGCUUUGAGUGUUUUAUUCAAUAUUUGAAUUGUAGUGUUGAUGUGACUUUGCUCAGGGAGGCUGUUUUUUUCUAGCUAUGCCACCAUGAGGCAAAUCUCUACUCCUGUUGUGCAACAAUUUGACUUAAGGCUUUAACUGAUCCAUGAUAACCUGGCUUAUUGAACAGAGCGUCACUAAGUAUGGUUUGGUAAAAUGCAAUAUUUGACAAUUAUUUUAAUGUUUUUUAAUGGAGAAGUAUUUGCUUGAAUUGUGUGUUUAUUUAUAUUUUAGCCAAAAUAGUUACUUGCUCUUAUUAAUAUUACAUUUUAGAGAAUCUGAAAUUUGCACUUCAAGUUAUUGAAUUACAAUUUCUUUACAAAAUAGAUCUAUACACAUUUUCAGAAAAUACGUUUUUCACUAGCAGGUCACGGAUCUGUCGAGCAAUGUAGCAUUUUUGAAUGUUCAAAGCAUUUGUAUAGAUGGAGGGGGAGAAGACGACAUUGGCUGCCUUUCUGUAUACAGGUCUAGGAUGCUGUGGCAAAGUUUUCUAUCAUGGCUAGUGUUAUUUGUUAUAACAACAUGGCCCGUUUUUGUUUUUUCAUAGUAAUCCAAUAUCAAAUCAUGUAUUUCCCAACUGCAGAGACUGAAAGGUAGAAGACUCUAAGUACAAACUUCAGCCAUCAGGAGCUGAAAGGCUAGAUUGGUCUUUGAUCAGUGCUUAAUAAGGGGUAUUUUAGUGUGUGAGAGUCAUCUUGGCAGUUGGAUUGUUUUUACUGGGUUUCCAUACUAUACUGUCCGGUAUUAACAACCUAUGCAAUAUACUCUCUCAUUCUGUUAAACCGACUAGCCUCGCCCUCGGGGCUACUGUCAUUCAGAUCACAAUUACAUUAAAGGCAUUUCUGUUGCUGUUUU